CACAACGCGUUGACAGUUCGGGCAUUCUGCAACACUAACGCAAGGGAGCAUUUUUUGUACAAGAAAAUAUAGAUAAUUUGCUUGUUUUCCCCUGAUUUUCUUGAAUAAAACUGCGGCAGGAUGGACGUCCGACCUAAUCAGACUAUAUAUAUUAAUAACCUGAACGAGAAGAUCAAGAAGGAGGAGCUCAAGAAGUCCCUCUACGCGAUUUUCUCGCAGUUCGGCCAAAUUCUGGACAUUGUGGCACUAAAAACCCUGAAAAUGCGCGGCCAGGCGUUUGUGAUCUUUAAAGAAAUUGGAAGCGCCUCGAAUGCUUUGCGAACCAUGCAGGGAUUCCCCUUCUACGACAAGCCCAUGCAGAUAGCAUACUCCAAGUCGGAUUCGGAUAUUGUGGCCAAGCUGAAGGGUACCUUCAAGGAGCGGCCCAAGAAGAUCAAGCCACCUAAACCAGCACCUGGUGCGGAGGAAAAGAAAGACAAGAAAAAGAAGCCUUCAAGCGCGGAGAACUCGAACCCCAACACACAAACGGAGCAGCCACCCAACCAGAUUCUCUUCCUUACCAAUCUGCCCGAGGAGACCAAUGAGAUGAUGCUGUCCAUGCUUUUCAACCAAUUCCCUGGCUUCAAGGAGGUGCGUCUUGUGCCAAACCGACACGACAUUGCCUUCGUGGAGUUUACCACGGAACUGCAAAGUAAUGCGGCCAAGGAGGCCCUGCAGGGCUUCAAGAUUACGCCGACGCACGCUAUGAAAAUAACUUUCGCCAAGAAGUGAGCUUUCCGCAUACACGUAUUAGGUGUAAUUGGCGCUCACUGGAUGUUCCAGCAACUCCGUUUAUAAUUUAACGUAUAGAAUAAAUCAAUAUCUUAAAUACACACUUAAAA